UCCAACAUUUGAUAUAUUAUCAAAUGAUAAUAAAUAGCAGAAAUCCUAUUAGACUAAAGUUCAUAAAUUGUAUUCCUCUUUCAAAAUAAAAUGCUCGAGUGAUUAUUUUACGGGAGGAUUUAGUUUAGCCAAAUACAAACAUUAUCGAAGGUGGUCAUCCCUGAAGUCAGAGCGUAGUCCAAAAACUUAACCUAAGAAAAAGUGUAAUUUAAAUUUCAAAAUACUGCGAUCAUAAAAUGCUGAUUCUUCGACGGAUUUCCUAUCAGCUUAUGAGAAGCUACAAAUUAAGACCGUCUACAUUUUUAGCGGCGAAGAAAUUAAAAUUUUCACCCAGUAUAAGCACGAAUUUCAUCAGAAACUUUCACACUAACACUGCACUGCAUGAAUACCAUGAAGAAUCCUGCUAUAUAAACGAUGAUGAAGCUUUUGAUUCUGAAGAGUAUUUCAAUAAUAUUUUAAACCAAGAUCAACCGAUGCUGGUGAAAGACAUUCUCUAUCCAAAUUCCAGUGAUCCCCUCAUAAAUGACAUCAAGAAGUGCUCCUGCGUGCAAGAUGUGUUGAACUUUAUCAACAAAUUUUCCAAUAUCCUUGAUUACACCCAUCAUGCACAGAUUGUGCUUGUGCUCUGGGAUCUGCAAAAGAUGUUCUGUCACAUAAAUACAAUAACAAAUGAAAAACCAGAGAUCAAAGCACUCUUGAAUGAUUAUAUUUGUCAGCUGCUAAAUCAGGAGGAGAUCAAGAGUUUGUUGGAAUCAAUAAAGGAGGAUGAAUUUGAUGAUGCAAAUGUACUUAGUGCUACUCUACUAUAUUUGCAUAAGAUUGGAGUGGAUGUGGGACAUGACACUAUGCAGAAAUUAAUUAGGGAGUUGGAAGGGAAACUUUGUGAAGAUUUUUCUGUGGUUGGAGCCUCUAGGUAUACGCAAACAGUGUUCAGCAAUUACAAUUUAGCCUCAUACUUUUAUUGCAAAAACCUUAUACCACAUAUUUAUAAUUUUAUUGAUAAGUGUGAUACUGCUGAGGAUAUUAGGUCCAUUUCAAUUUGUUUAAAUAAUCUAAAUAAGAUAGUCACUGAAGAGGUGUUGGAGAAAUAUAAGAAUAAAGUGAGGGGUCUGAUUGAGAAUGGGGUGAUCAACAAGAACGAACAUGUGACUAUCCUGAAAGUCGUGAUGUUUUUGAAUUUUCCACAUUGGAGGUACAGAAAUACAUUGCUGAUCAGCCAGUGCAUCAUGCAGUUGCAGAACCACAUUAAUAUACUGAAUGUGCAUCAAUUAAUUAAUGUUUUCGACGUGUUGCUGAAGAACUAUGAACCAGCGGAGAUUGUGAACGAGACGCAAAGAUGCGCGUUAAAGUUUUUACAUCAAUUGGACAGCGAUCAGACGGGGUCUCUUGAGGUGCGCUUGAAGUUGCUCUCGUGCAUCGCGUCCUUUUCGUUGCCUUCACAGCGGCCGCAAUUCAUUAAUAUUGUGAAGAAGUUCAUGGAAUACGACAUGUCGGGUCAAAACCUGCUGGACUUUUUUAAGGUGCUAUUGUACAUGAAGAACUCGGAUCCGCUAAUGUGCAAAGCCUAUUGGACGAAACUGCUCAAGGUGAUGGAGCACAAUCUGGAGUUCAAAAACGCAUAUCUGCUUAAGGUUUGCAACAACUACAUCAACUUUCAUCAGAGCACGAACCUGAGGCACGUAAAAUUAGAGAAGCGGCUGAACCAGUGGUUGGAAGGUGAGAUUGAGCAGGGCAUCAUCAAUUAUAUCCCGGCGAGGUUCGCGAUGCUCUCUUCAUUCGUGUUGGCUUAUGGAAACGACGUUUCCAUUCUUAAUCACGUGGUGAACAAACUGAGCAUCCAGUGGCAGCAAAUCAACACGGUGGACUGUUAUAAUCUGAGCAGGAGCUUCCAGAUAGGUUUGUAUCAAUCUCAGAACCGACUGCUGCAGUCGCGGUACGUGAACAUCUUCAAUGCUACCAUCGACAAGUGCAUCAAACGUGAUCUGCAGGAGGACGAGAUCAAUAUGAGCAAGCUGCAACUGCUGAUCAAGACGAUGAUGUGUCGGGGAGCUGGUCGCUCUAAACACAUGAUGUCGAAAUUGAUGCAAGCCAAAGUUAACAGCGAAGACAUGUGCUCCAGGAUCAUCAAGUAUAUGUGCUAUGCUCUUCUCUCAUCCAACUUCUUCCUGCCCAACAUUUUGGACGCGAUGGCCGAUUAUGUCUCGCGAUCCAAAAAUUACGUGAUGGCCGUUAACGCCGAAAAGGUCAUGUACCUCUGCUACAAUUGCGGAUACAUUCCGAAGAAUUCGGAAAAGUUUUUUAACAGUUUCUCCGAUUUAAUCGUCAGGGACCAGGAAAGAAUGCCGGGUCUCUCCUACAUACAGAGCUGCCUCGGAUUAAGCUAUUUUAAUUACCUUUCGGACACGUUCAUUAAGCAGAUUUUCACGCCGCAAUUCCUAGAGAAAUUAGACGCAGAAUUACUCAACUGCUACUCGAAGGACAUUUACUCGGAGAGAGUUAGGAAUAGACUCAUGUUACUUAAUCGGACUGUCUGCAUCGAUUAUCCGGAAUCGAACGUGCCCUGGUUUCAUCAAAAGUAUAUAGAUGAGGUUGAACGUAAGGCGACUUUAAUCUCACAAAAUGCCUUCUACGACCGCAGCUUCUCCUUCAAGGUGAAACUCUACCUGAUCAAGUAUUUCCAAAACUCCAAGAAUAUCUUGAGCGAUGUCAUAACACCGUAUGGUUAUCACAUAGAUUACGUCGUUCAGGCCAAGGAGGACGUCAAAUACGCUGUUCUGCUGAUGAGACCCAAGGCAUUUACAAAGCUGCAUGUGCAACUGAGAGGCAUGUACCAAACGAAGGUUCGACACUUGGAGAUGUUCGGAUACAAAGUGGCCUACGUGCAUUUUGAUGAGUGGAAAGAUUUAGUUUAUGGCGAAGAUAAGAUUAAUUACAUUAGAAACCUCUUCGAACCAAACAUGCACGAAACGAAUAAAUAACACAUUUUAUGAAAUAUUUUUC